AUGAUUACUACAAGCUCUAUCGGUAUUAGAAAUGUGACUUUUAUUAAAGAUGACAAAGCUUUAAUAAGCGACGAGAUGGUUUCGUACUUCACCCUGGUAAACACCUGUAUAAUAGGGCACUCCGUGACCAUCAUAGGGUUGGUUGUCAACGUACUCAACAUCAUUGUGUUUAUCCGACAAGGACUGCAAGACUCGGUCACCAUAAGUCUUCUUGGACUCAGUGUUUCUGAUCUUGGGUCUUUGUUUUUUUCGUUUUUUGCAAACCUCUGUUGGACGCCACCAAUACCAAUGAUGGACCUGCCAUUCUACCCUCUACAGUUAAUGUAUUUUCUGGUGUGGACACAUGUGGUCUUUACAAGAGUGACCACUGGGAUAACAGCCUGGAUUACAUUUGAGCGAUGUUUAUGUAUUGUGGUUCCUCUGAAGAUUAAAUCCAUCAUCACUCCCAGACGAACUGUGACGUUUAUUGGUGUUCUCUACGUCAUCAUGUUUGCGUCUGCUGUUCCGGUUUUCUACAGCACCAGAGCAGUCUGGAUAUUUGAUCCCCGCCGAAACAAAUCGCGCCUGGGAAUUAUGAAAAUAACCUCCAAAAUUGAUAUAAACACCAUUGCUUACUGGAUCAAUAACGUAAUACCAACAAUAUUCUUCGUAUUCAUCACAAUAUGUACAGUUAUUUUGGUGAAGGCGUUAAAUAAACAUGGGAAGUGGAAGCAACAAUCAGUUUCUUCAGAGGCGCAUGCAGUUAUUUCAAGCAGGGACGCAAAGGUUGUUAAACUAGUCACCAUCAUCUCCAUUGUUUUUAUCGCCUGCUACGCCCCUGGAACUGUAUAUUUUAUACUGGCUCUUGUAAAUCCACAAACAACUUACGCUGGUAAACAGAGAAACUUGGUGUUGGUUAUUUAUUCAAUUUUACUUGUACUAGAAUCAGUCAAUGCAGCUACAAAUUUUUUCAUUUACAUUACCAUGAGUUCAAAGUUCAAACGUGUGUUUCAAGACAUAUUCUGUGCUUUUUGCUAUGUGGAGGAGAAGGGGAAAGAAAGCAGUGCUCAGAUAAUGGUCACUGAGUAA